AUGGGUCCUAAAGGAUACCCCGUACCCAAAUUCAAAAUACGCAAGUUGUUCGUUACGGGAUAUGACACUUGUCUUCCUAAGGACGCUGUCAAGAAGGCCCUGCUUGAACAUUUCUCUUCAUGUGGAGAGGUCACUCAUCUUAUUGGUCCCUUAACCGGUGUUCCCAAAAAGACAUGUCUCGUUUUUAUUAGGGGACCAGAGAAGGCGGUGGAGCUUAAUAAUGGUGGAUGCAAAUGCCAUGUCGAAGGAUGUAAGAUCGUAGUUGACAAGGUUAUGGUUCACGGCCCCGACCCAGAGCCCUUUACAUGGGGCUUUGUCGAUCCCCCCCUUGCAGAUGGGUUCCUUCCCAAGAAGGACAGGACUAAGGCGUAG